CCCGGGUUCACGCCAUUCUCCUGCCUCAGCCUCUCCGAGUAGCUGGGACUACAGGCGCCCGCCACCACUCCUGGCUAAUUUUUUGUAUUUUUAGUAGAGACGGGGUUUCACCAUGGUCUCGAUCUCCUGACCUCGUGAUCCGCCCGCCUCGGCCUCCCAAAGUGCUGGGAUUACAAGCGUGAGCCACUGCGCCCGGCCCUUUUUUUUUUUUGAGACAGAGUUUCGCGCUUGUUGCCCAGGCUGGAGUACAAUGGCGCGAUCUCAGCUUACCACAACCUCUGCCUCCCCGGUUCAAGUGAUUCUCCUGCCUCGGCCUCCUGAGUAGCUGGGAUUACAGGCAUGCGCCACCACACCUAGCUAAUUUUGUAUUUUUAGUAGAGACGGGGUUUCGCCAUGCUGGUCAGGCUGGUCUCAAACGCCCAAUCUCAGGUGACCCGCCCACCUUGGCCUCCCAAAGUGCUGGGAUUACAGGUGUGAGCCACCGUGCCCAGCUGAGAGUGCUUCUUUACUAUAUCACUGCCUUCUUUUAUGGAUUUUACUAGUUCUAAAAAUAAUUUUCAUUAUAGAAAUUUUGGAAAAUACAUCAGUAAAUAGAGUAGAUAAUAAAAAUCACCUGCAGGCCUACUUUCCAGAAAUAACUCUUGUUAUUAACAUUUUGGUUUACUUUUUCCCAGUCCGUCUAUGUGUCUAUUACAGGGAAAGGAUCCCUUAUCCAAAAUGCUGGGGACCAAAAGUGUUUUGGACUUUGCAUUUUUUUUUUUGGAUUUUGGAAUACUCAUAAAUAUAUAAUAAGAUAAUUUGAGGAUCUGACAAGAAAUUCACUUUUGUUUCAUAUACACCUUAGACAUGUAGCUUGAAGGUCCCUUUAUUUUUCCCUGGGGAAGGCUGAAUUAACUGUGUUGUGCACCUGCGUUUUGACUGCCACUGGUCACAUGAGGUCAGGUGUGGAACUCUCCACUUUUGUCAGGUUAGCGCUGAGAAAGUUUUGGAUUUGGGAGCAUUUUGGAUUAGGGAUGUUCAAACUGUAUUAAUUACUUACACACACAUAACAUACACACUACAUAGUUUUUUAAAACAAAAUUUGGGGCCAGGCAUGGUGGCUCACACCUGUAAUCCCAGCACUUUGGGAGGGAGGCGGAGGGGGGCGGAUCACCUGAGGUCGGGAGUUCGAGACCAGCCUGAGCAACAUGGAGAAACCCUGUCUCUGCUAAAAAUACAAAAUUAGUCGGGUGUGGUGGCACAUGCCUGUAAUCUCAGCUAUUCCAGAGACUGAGGCAGGAGAGAACACUUGAACCCGGGAGGCAGAGGUUGUGGUGAGUCGAGAUUCUGCCAUUGCACUCCAGCCUGGGCAACAAGAGCAAAACUCCGUCUCAAAAAAAAAAAUUUGGAUCAUGCUAUACAUGAGUUUUGUAUUCUGCUUUAAAAUAUAUAGGCAGUGUUUUUCUAUUUUAAUAAAUAGUUGGCCCGGGCACGGUGGCUCACGCCUGUAAUCCCAGCACUUUGGGAGGCCGAGACAGGUGGAUCACCUGAGGUCAGGAGUCCGAGACCGGCUUGGCCAACAUGGUGAAACCUCAUCUCUACUAAAAAUGCAAAAAUUAGCUGGGCAUAGUGGCCACAUGCCUGUAAUUCCAGCUACUUGGGAGGCCAAGGCAGGAGAAUCACUUGAACCCGGGAGGCGGAGGUUGCAGUGAGCAGAGAUGGUGCCAGUGCACUCCAGCCUGGAUGACAGGAGUGAAACUCCAUCUCAAAAAUAAAUAAAUAAAUAAAAAUAAAAAUACAAAAAUUAGCCGGGUGGGGGCGACAGAGCAGACACUCCAUCUCAAAAUAAAUAAAUAAAUAAAUUUAUAAAUAAAUAGUUGGCUAAGUACAGUGGCUCAAGUCUGUAAUCCCAGCACUUUGGGAGGCUGAGGCGGGUGGAUCACCUGAGGUCAGGAGUUCGAGACCAGCCUGGCCAACAUAGUGAAACCCCAUCUCUAAUAAAAAUACAAAACUUAGCAAAGCGUGGGGGCACUGUGCCUGUAGUUCCAGCUACUUGGGAGGCUGAGGCAGAAGAAUUACUUGAUCCUGGGAGGCAGAGGUUGCAGUGAGCCGAGAUUGUCACUCCAGCCUGGGUGACAGAGUAAGACUCUGUCUCAAAAAUAAAAAAAAAAAACAAUUGAAUACAAGGAUUUUUAAUAUCUGCCUAAUACUUAUGCCUUCAUCGCAUUAAUGUGCUACGCUUGAUUUAAUUGUUCCCUUUUGAUGUUCAGUUUAUUUCCAGUUUGAUGCUGCAAUACCACUGUGCUGAACGUCUCUGGCACAUUCAUCUUGGUUGCAAUUGUACUUUAGGCUAUAUUUCUAAGAGUGAAAUGACCACAGCCAAAGGAUUUCAGUUUCCCAAACCUGAGGUGAUCUGUCAGCUGGAGAACUGGGACGAGCAGUGGAUCCUGGAUCUACCGAGAGCUGGGAAUAGGAAGGCUUCCGGUAGUGCUUGCCCAGGUUCUGAAGCCAGACACAAGAUGAAAAAGCUAACUCCAAAACAGAAAUUUUCUGAAGAUUUAGAGUCAUAUAAGAUAUCACUGGUAAUGCAGGAAUCAGCUGAGAAACUUUCAGAAAAGUUACAUAAGUGUAAAGAAUUUGUGGACAGUUGCAGGCUUACUUUCCCUACUAGUGGUGAUGAAUACAGCAGGGGCUUCCUUCAAAACCUUAACCUUAUUCAAGAUCAGAACGCACAAACAAGGUGGAAGCAGGGCAGAUAUGAUGAGGAUGGCAAACCCUUCAAUCAAAGAUCUUUGCUUUUGGGGCACGAGCAAAUUCUCACAAGAGCAAAGUCUUAUGAAUGCAGUGAAUGUGGAAAAGUCAUUAGGCGUAAGGCAUGGUUUGAUCAACAUCAAAGAAUUCACUUUUUAGAGAAUCCUUUUGAGUGUAAGGUCUGUGGGCAAGCCUUCAGACAGCGGUCAGCUCUUACGGUCCAUAAACAGUGUCACCUGCAAAACAAGCCAUACAGAUGUCAUGACUGUGGAAAGUGUUUUCGGCAGCUCGCGUAUCUUGUUGAACAUAAGAGGAUUCACACCAAAGAAAAACCCUAUAAAUGUAGCAAAUGUGAAAAGACGUUUAGUCAGAAUUCAACCCUUAUUCGACAUCAGGUGAUCCACAGUGGAGAAAAACGCCAUAAAUGCCUUGAGUGUGGAAAAGCCUUUGGCCGGCAUUCAACCCUUCUAUGUCAUCAACAGAUUCACAGUAAACCAAACACCCACAAAUGCAGUGAAUGUGGACAGUCCUUUGGUCGGAAUGUGGAUCUCAUUCAGCAUCAAAGAAUCCAUACAAAGGAGGAAUUCUUUCAAUGUGGAGAUUGUGGGAAAACGUUUAGUUUUAAGAGGAAUCUUUUUCGACAUCAGGUCAUUCACACUGGAAGCCAACCCUACCAAUGCAUCAUAUGUGGAAAAUCUUUCAAGUGGCACACAAGCUUUAUUAAGCACCAGGGCACUCACAAAGGACAGAUACCUACGUGAUAUUAACUGGAAAGCAGUCAUUGGAGGACUAGAACUUAUAAACCUCUACUUCAAGUGUGUAUCACGUGAUUGUUUCCAUGAAAAGCAAUAAAUGUAACAAAGGGUUUUUCUAUGGGA